CUUUGUUCUGAAGGAUAAUUAUUUAUAAUGGGAACGUUUGUUGAACUUUAUUUGUUCUAAUUAUUGUAGAAAUAUUCAUCUAGUUAUUCACUUCUGUGUUUGUUUUAUUUUGCACUGGAGAUGUGUGGCUGUUCUUAAUUAUCAAUUAAUUUGAGGGUGCAGUAGUUUUGUUGUGAAUGCUUGUUUUUGCUUGUGAACAUCAUUCAAAAGGUUUUAAUUUAAUAAAAGGAAAAUGUGGUAAAAGAAGGAGGUUGAGUGCCAAUAGGAUCGACAGUAGCUGCAUCAGGAAUGCCACAGGAGUCUCUAAACGAAAUAUAAUUCGAUAUAUUAUUCGAAAAGGAUACUAUAGGAUUAAUGGGGACAUAAAGGACCAAGUAAAUUCGACAUUGAAGUAUUUAACCACCCUUGGAUUCGUUUCUAAAGAAAAUGGCAAAUAUAUGAUAAUUGGCCCAGCUUCAAGAGUGCAGUGUUCUCGGUUCCAAAGUGUUAAACGAAAUAAUGCUAUCAAUACUGUUAAAAGGAUUUUUACAAGUCGUGUAGUGUCUGGUAAGAAAUCCAGGUCAAAAACAUCUCUUUCGCGCAAUUCAAAGAAAAAAUCAUGUACAUGUAUGAGACAAUCUUGCUCGAAAAAAUCUUCUUCGUCUUUUUGGAGUAGUACCAGUGUUCGUUCUUCAACUACCAGUUCUAGGACCUGUACCCCGUCUUUUACCUCUGAUAGUUUGCAAAUCUUAUAAGAUUUAACAUUAAAAUGCUCUAUGUUGUAUUUGAAAAAAUGUAAUUCAAAUAAACCAAUUAAACUGCUUCUAGGUAGAAUUGUAUCCUUCAAUACAGCAGUGUUAUGUGUGUGGUAUAUACGUAGGAGUACUUUUGUAUACAUAAAGUGAAUUGGAGGUUAGCAGAAGAAUUGUCAAACUGCUCAUAUUUUAUUAAUUUUUAUUAAAAUAUCUCAAAUAUGGCUCACGUGCAAUUUAUGGACGAAUUGAUACGAGAAUAUCUCUUAUUUCGUGGCUUCAACACGGCCGUAAAGUCCUUAGAUAACGAUUUAAAGAAUGAAAAAGAAAGGGGCUUUCGUGUGGAUAAGAUAGUAGAUCAAAUCCUGCACUACGUUAACACUUAUGAUUUGGUUGGAUUAAAGGAAAUAUGGGGUCAUUUAGAUAGUCAUAUGUUUUCAAAACUGGAGAGUCCUUUUACUGGAGCUGUCAAGAAACUAGAAAAUGCAGUUUUGAAACUAUAUUUAGUUAAUGCAGCUAUUAAUAAUAAGCCAGAGAAAAUAACAGAAUUUUUUACAAAGAUGACAUCAGAGUUACAAAGCCAAACUGAAUGGAAAGACUGGUUCAUGUUACCAUACAUUAAAAAUCCUGAGGAAAAUCCUAUAUUUUCAGUCCAUUUUACACGUCAGUGGCAAGAUACUUUACUGGUUUCAUUGCAUAAUUUCUUAGCUUCAAUUUUUCAAUAUAUGCCGAUUCCAACCUUGAUGGCAUAUGAGGAGGAUACUGCAAAAUUAAGGAAAUUGGAAGAGAAAAAUGAAUCAUUAAAAAGCAGAUUGGCACUUUUAAUGGAUAAGGGGUCUGAUAUAAAUGUAACUCCUGUACAUGUUGAACCACCUCCUCAUUUGCUUGAUGACUUUUACAUAAUUGCCCAGGAGAACACUACUUUUGAUAAUCAAGCCAAAGGACUGAAGAACUUGAUAAGAAGUAUGGGAACCAGUACAAGUCCUAUUUUGGGGAGAAAAGAAAGUUCAAAUAGUACCAAGAAGAGACUUGCUACAGUUUCAAAUAAAAGUUCUAAGCAGGGACAGAGUCAGUUUUAUGACCCAUAAUAGAAUUAUUAUUAACUUUACAUGUGGUGAUUAAGUUUAAAUACUAUUUGUUCAAUAAGUCACUUUCUCCAACUUAUUUUUAUAAAUAGGAAAAUGUAAUUUUCAAUUUUAUGAUAUGAGGGAAAAACACAUUCAAAUAAAA